UACCGCGAGACGUGGCUGGGGACUCUCCGCGAUUCGGCACGUGUUGCCGAGGAGACGCGCUCUACAGUCGGCAGUCUUCCGCCGCUGAGGUCGCGGUACAGGCUUACCCCCCUGCGUCUCGGAAGCUUGGGAGGCGCCGACGCCUAGGGGUGCGACGGCGUGUGCGCCAUGGGGAAGGCGAAGGCGGCCGGGGCGCGGAGGAAGGCCUCGGGGGCGCCGUCGGGGGCGCGGCGAGGCCCGGCGAAGGCCUGCCCUAACCCGUUCGAAGUGAAAGUCAACAGGCAAAAGUUUCAGAUCCUAGGCAGGAAGACGCGCCACGACGUGGGGCUGCCCGGCGUGUCCCGCGCGCGCGCCAUCAGGAAGCGUACACAGACGUUACUAAAGGAGUACAAAGAAAGAGAUAAAUCCAAUGUAUUUAGAGAUAAACGCUUUGGGGAGUACAAUAGCAACAUAAGUGCAGAGGAAAAGAUGAUGAAGAGGUUUGCUCUGGAGCAACAGCGACAUCAUGAGAAAAAAAGCAUCUACAACCUAAAUGAAGAUGAAGAAUUGACUCAUUAUGGCCAGUCUUUGGCAGACAUUGAGAAACAUAAUGACAUUGUGGACAGCGACAGCGAUGUUGAGGAACGAGGAACACUUUCUGCUGAGCUAACUGCUACGCACUUUGGAGGAGGCAGCCGGCUCCUACAUCCGAAGACCUUUCAACCGGAAGGUAACGAGGGGGAACAACCAAAGUCACGGAAGGAACUGAUCGAAGAGCUCAUUGCGAAGUCAAAACAGGAGAAGAGGGAGAGACAAGCUCAGCGAGAAGAUGCCCUUGAGCUCACAGAGAAGCUGGACCAAGACUGGAAAGAAAUCCAGACUCUCCUGUCCCACAAAACUCCCAAGUCGGAGAACAGAGAUAAAAAGGAGAAACCCAAGCCCGAUGCAUAUGACAUGAUGGUUCGUGAGCUUGGCUUUGAAAUGAAAGCACAGCCCUCUAACAGGAUGAAAACAGAGGAGGAGCUGGCGCACGAGGAGCAGGAGCGGCUCAGGAAACUGGAGGCUGAAAGACUUCGAAGAAUGCUUGGAAAGGAUGAGGAUGAAAAUUUUAAGAAACCAAAACAUGUGUCAGCAGAUGAUUUAAAUGAUGGCUUUGUACUGGAUAAAGAUGAUAGACGUUUGCUUUCUUACAAAGACGGAAAGAUGAAUAUUGAGGAGGACGUCCAGGAAGAGCAAAGGCAGGAAGCCAGCGGGGAUAAAAGUGAGGAGGACGAGAGCGAAGGUUCCAGUGGGGAGGACCCAGAGGAGAGUGAUGGCCCACAGAGCCACUCGGACCUGGCAUCUGAUGUAGAGAGUGAGGAAGAAAAUGAGAAGCCAGAGAAAGAGCAUCAGAGUCCUGGGAAAGCAUCUAUAACUCGGGGCCAAAAGGCUCGAAACGGUACCAGCACCGAGCUGCCCUAUACGUUUGCAGCUCCCGAAUCCUAUGAGGAACUGAGAUCUUUAUUGUCAGGAAGAUCGAUGGAAGAACAGCUUUUGGUGGUGGAAAGAAUUCAGAAAUGCAACCAUCCAAGUCUCGCAGUAGGAAACAAAGCAAAAUUAGAAAAACUGUUCGGCUUCCUCUUGGAGUACGUUGGAGAUUUGGCUACAGAUGAUCCUCCAGACCUCAGAGUAAUUGAUAAGUUGGUUGUGCAGUUGUAUAGUCUUUGCCAGAUGUUUCCUGAAUCUGCAAGUGACUCUGUGAAAUUUGUCCUCCGAGAUGCCAUGCAUGAGAUGGAAGAAAUGAUUGAGACCAAAGGCCGGGCGGCAUUGCCAGGGUUGGACGUGCUCAUUUAUUUGAAGAUUGUGGGACUGCUGUUUCCGACCUCUGACUUCUGGCACCCAGUCGUGACUCCCGCCCUGGUGUGCAUGAGCCAGCUGCUCACUAAGUGCCCUGUCCUGUCCCUCCAAGACGUGGUGAAGGGCCUGUUUGUGUGCUGCUUGUUCCUGGAGUACGUGUCUUUGUCUCAGAGGUUUAUACCUGAGCUCGUGAAUUAUAUUCUUGGGAUUCUUUAUAUGGCAACGCCAAACAAACAAAGCCAAGGUUACGCUCUGGUGCACCCUUUCAGAGCACGUGGGAAGAACUCCGAAUUGCUCCUGGUCUCUGAUAGGGAGGACGUGGCCACGUGGCAGAGAAGCAGCCUCUCCCUGCGCUGGGCAAGUGGACUGAGAACCCAGACAGCCACGGAGGCCAAUCACAUCAGACUUUCCUGUGUGGCCGUGGGUCUGUCCCUGCUGAAGCACUGUGUGCUCAUGUACAGCACCCUGCCGGCCUUCCACGCCAUCACCAGUCCUCUCCGAGCCCUCCUGACGGAGCACCUGGUGGACUGCAGCCACCCCCAUGAGCUCCAGGCACGAAGGGGAAAUAAAAUCAAAGCAGUGAGCAGCAGCGCCUGGAUGGAUCCUGGCGUUACCUGGGAACCAUCACACGUCGGGUGCCACCUCCAGGAGGCUGCACGGGAAGUCCAUCAACGCCCAGCUGUUGAGGAUCCCUUCGGCCCCCCCAGGGUCUGGACAGUUGGCUCCAGGCCACGCGGAGCACCUGAGCUCUGCAGUCACCUGCUGAGUUUGCUGAGGAUGGUCCCAUGGUCCCACACAAGAUGACGGGAAGCCCUGAGAGGCCUCCUCAGCUGGACUUAGGCACUCCUGUGUGUACACAAAAAUGAGUUCUGUAUUCCAGGCACAUCCAUUCCAAAUCUGCCUGCUUGCCACCUGCCCCUCACGUCAGCGCACGCCAGCCCCCAGGUGCCUUAGAGCAGGAGGUGCCAGUGCUGCACAUGCAUCUCGCAUCUCCAGUGGCAUCUCUGAAUCGUCUGGAAAGCCCAGACUGCUGUGCACAAAGCCAGUGUGACCUGGCCUCAAGGCCCUGGCGACUUUCCUUGUGCCGCCCCUCAAUCAGGGUCUUCACAGUUGCUCUUUUCCUGCUUGGGGCUGUCCUGGGCUGUGUGGCUGGUCCCCUGCCCUUGGGAAGCCAGGCCUUCCCUGGCUGCAGUGCUUGGUGAUGCCUAGGCUGCUUUUCCAAGUGCUGACCGCUGUCGGGCACAUUGUGCUGUCGUCUCUGCCCCACUAGGAUGUGAGCUCCAUGAGGACAGCACCUCAGCUGUUCCACUCCUGGCAUGUCCCUAGAACAUAGAGCAGGUGCCCAUUGCCCAUGGAGUCACCUCGCCUGAUCUGAGGAUGAGGAUGAGACAGUAGCAUCUGUGUUCACUCCUCAUAGACAUGGCUGUGGCUUGUCUUUCAUUUGAAGAACAGAGUGGCUGUCUGGUCCUACAAAAUUUGGGCUGGCCAAAGGGACACAACGGGUUUAUGGUUUUGGGGUAGACAGAGUUGGCUGUGCCCUUGCACUGAGUCCCCGUGGAGAUUAGGCAUUUGGGCACUUGGGGGUUACAUCCCAACAGGCUGAGGGGUGGCUGUGCCUGCAGGUACAGGCGGCCAGGUAGCCCGAGUUCCGGGACACACCUGUGCACAGGGAAGGUAGGACCAACAUUAGUGAACUACUUUCUGGACGAUUCCUCAGAAGCCACCAGCCAACCGUUCUGGAAGCUAAGGCCUUAAGUGGGCACCUUACACACCUGGUUCUGGGAGAGGGAAAAUAAGGUCAAAUCACCAAGACUGGUCAAGACCCCAUUCUGCUUGGUCCCAUCGUGCUGUUCUGCACACCUGGACUCUGGUGUAUACAUGUCACCAUCACAAAGGUGGUUCUCCUGUGUGCUUCCGUGUGUGCCCUGUCUUGCCAAGUUCCUCUGGAUGCAAGCAGCACAGACUGUUGUGACUGCCUGCAUAAACCCUCCAGCCCCUCACUUAAUGGCUGGGGUGGGGAGCAGUGGAGCCAUGGCUGCAGGAGGUGUGACAAGAUGCCAUCCCACUGCAGGGGCCACAGGCUCUGUGUCCUCUUGUCCUGACACGGAGGGGCCCAGAGGACAAGCCCAUGGAGGCACAGGGGGGACAGAUCAUCAUAGUGUCAGCGUGUUCCAUGUUUUUAGGAACUGUCGCAGAGCAUAUUGACAGAAAUGGAAAAC